AUGUACGCUUGGGUCCUGCCCAGAGACUACACAAAAAAGCUUCUGCGCGAUCGGGAAUCUCAGGCGCGCCUCGUGGGGUUCAAAGAGGCGGCGCGAAUACCGCCCGACUCGCUACGGAGAUGGUUGGCUCUGCGGAACGGCGACAUGCCGAGUUCCUACUAUGGCAACCCAUGGGCACAAGAGGAAUAUCGUUUUCAGAGCAUCCAGGACACAGAGAUGUUCCUCAAGUCGUGCGCGAACUGUAAGAAGUCUGUUCCGUAUGUAUGGGAGGAGGGUGGUGAGGUCGCCGACCCAGACCGGUCGACCCUCCGUCGGCAUAUUCCACUCACGGAUGAGCCUAAGUCCCCAUUCCUUCAUCCGACUUACGCCAUCGACGUGAAGACAGUAAUAUUUCGGUUUUGGAAGGUCGGACUAUUCUACUUCAUAGAAAAGUAUAGACUCGUUUAUUAA